CCCCUCCCUCCUCUCAGCCGCCCCGCUCCGCCUGCGCGGCCCGCCAGCUCCUCCCCCCUCCUCCCUCCUCCUCUUCCUCCUCAGGUUAGCAUCAGACAGCUGUAUGGCAGGAGGAUGGCAGAGGACAACCAAAGGGUGGAUUAUCUGGCUGGGUUUUGCUGCCCAGUUGGGGGUCUGGCUGCAGGCAAACCCAGGGUGCUGUGCCAUGAAUCAGAAAUCUACCUCUCCAAUGGGAGUGAAUUCGUCUAUAUCUACAAUCAAGAGGGAAAGCUGCUAAAUGCUGUAUAUAGGUUUCCUGAUCAAGUCUGGCAUCUGGAGCUCCUUGCCUUACGCAGGGAGCUCUAUGUCCUGUGUGCUCGAAAUGGCAUUUACUGUUUAUCACUGGACCCUCAAAGCAGGUUGGUGGACCAGACUGAUGGAGAGGACAAAGAAAGUGAUUUCCCUUCAAAUGUGUUUCCUGUGGACUCAGACUCCUGUGUCUUUCCUGAUGCUACUCUGUGUGCUUUCACGGUGCUGAAUGACAUCAUCAUCACCCUGGCUCAGGGCCCAUCCAAAUGGAGGAUGAGACUGUUUGAGCAGCCCCAAGGCUCAGAUGGGGAUCCUAGGCCAGGGAGCCAGUUCAGUGAGGUGGAGUUCUCUACCUGCAUUUUGCCAUCAGGGAGCAAUGGGAAACCCCUGGCCUCUCGUUUCCUCCCAGUCCUGUGCUGUGCGUCCCCUCCAGGCACCAAUGUUCUUCACACACCUUGGUGUAGUUCUGGAGGUUUUGUGCUAGAGGAGACCCUCUUUGGUUUGCUGUUUGGAGCAGAUGCUACCCUUCUGGAGUCUCCCAUGAUCCUUUGUGGUUUUCCAGAUGGUCAGCUGUGCUGUGUGCCGUUGAAGGCCCUGUUAUCUCCUGAGGUGGCUCUUGGUGGCCCUGAAACCCCUGUCAAGAUACUUCACCACUUAGAAGAGCCUGUGGUCUUCAUUGGAGCUCUAAGAACAGAUCCAAGGAUCCUAGAAGACAUGGAUGAGAAACCACUAAAUGAAGAUACAAGCUGUGACUGUAUGGUUGCUGUUGGUCACUAUGGCAAAAUGAUGGCCAUUAAGUCCAGUCGGGAAGAAGGAGGAAACUUGGUGCCAGAACUAAGAGAAUACUACAUUAGGGGACCUAUUCUCUGUGCUGCCUGUGGUGUGGGAAGCCGAAUGUAUUACAGCACCCAUUCUGAUCUUUCUGUGGUUGACCUGGCUUGUAACAGCAACCCCUCAGAUCCUGAGAAGAUAGAUAAUGCCCAGGGGGUCCUACCUCCAGUUCUGUCUCCAGCCAGUUUAAGUAUCUGUAGCGUUGUGACCCUUUCUGUGUCUUCUAGGGCACCUAAAGGUGAAGCAGAACUAUUGGCCCUGUCUGCCAAGGGCCGACUAAUGACCUGCAGCCUGGAUCUGAGUUCUGAGGAUUCUCGGCCAGUGAGGAUGAACACAGGAAAUGUGGGUCAAAAAAUUAAGGAAUUACUCUCUGGAAUUGGCAAUGUCUCUGAGAGAGUAUCUUUCCUGAAGAAGGCAGUUGAUCAGCGGAACCGUGCCCUGACUUGCCUCAAUGAAGCCAUGAAUGUGAGCUGUGCCCUUCUAUCCAAUCGGGAAGGACCAAAGCCCAUUAAUUGUACCACCACCACUGCCUGGAGCCGCUUUCAACUCCGGGAUGUGCUGACAGCCACUUGUUUGCUUGAGAAUAGUAGUGACUACAGUCUAGACCAGGGGUGGACCUUUUGCAUUCAGGUGUUUACUAGUUCUUGUGCCUUAGAAGUGGACUCUGUUGGUUCUGCCAUCACUUACACCAUUCCAGUUGAUCAGCUCACUCCUGGCAGUAAAAGGGAAGUGACAUUACCACUUGGCUCCAAUGAAAAUGGCAAACUAGACCUACCUGUGACCAUAUCCUGUGCACUAUUUUACAGCCUCAAAGAGAUUCUGGGCAGUGCUUUAACCUCUUCAGAUUCUCUGGAUGCCCCUUUUUUUGAUGACUGCCCCCCUGACAUCCUACCUGACCGGGAUGGUAUCUUCCUGCCCCUGGGUGAAUACACUGUGGACAUGCUCCAGUGCCUUCGUUUCCCUACCCUUGCAGUGGCUGAAGUGCAAGUUCCAGGCCUUCCCAGUCCUACCAGUGACCCUGUGAAAACCUUUUUAGAAGCUUCCAGGGGGCAAGUAGAGCCUGAACAUAUGAAAAACAUUGAGCCAAUGGGACCAGACUUCCUUAGAGCCAAGUACCUUCCACCAUCAGUGGCCUCAGUCAAGGUGUCAUCUGAGUUGCUCAAAAAUGCCCUAAAGGAAUAUUGCUCAGAAGUCCCCCUGUGUUGUGCUACUCUCCAGUGGCUAUUGGCUGAGAAUUCCAUAGCGGACAUAGUGAAGACACAGGUGCUGACAGAAGUCCAGGGGGUGGCCCCAGAUGGAAACGACAUCCACCUCCUCGUCCGAGAGGUGGCUGUGACUGAGCUGUGCCCUGCAGGGCCUAUCCAGGCUGUGGAAAUCCAGAUGGAGAGCCCCUCUCUGGCUAACAUGUGCAGGGUGCAUCAUGCAGUGAUCAGACGCAUCCAGAUAAUGAUCAUGGACCAGGCUGCUCAGGGUUCUAACCCACCUGAUCUCCGUGUGCAGUAUCUUCGUCAGAUCCAUGCCAAUCAUGAAAUAUUACUCAAGGAGGUGCAGUCCCUGAGAGAUCGUCUUUAUGUUGAGGAUGAUGCCAGUGCCAGCGCUGCUGCAGAGAAACUCCUACAAGUCUACAAACAGCUUCGCAACCCAAGCCUCAUCCUCCUGUGACCCCUAAUGGCACUGGUUCUAUUAAGCAGCUCUGACAUUUCACCUCUUGACUGCUAGAAAAUCUUCCAUAUGAUCCCUAAGGGUGGGAUUGAAGAUACCCUCUCCGUUGAGAAGCCCAGCAGUGUGCAGUAAUAGAGGCUGUGGAAAUCUUCUAACACCCCGCAGGAUGGGGAUGUCUAAGCCUGAUGAGGGCCCUUUCAUGCCAGAGAAAGGUUUUGAGGGGUGGAUCUGUUUUUAACUUUUUUGAUAUUAUAAAGCACCAGAGAAUGAGCUAGCCUCUCCGAAACAGGGACACCUAACCCUGCCUAGAGCAGAACUCAUCCCCAUUCCCACUCACCUCCCAUUCCCUGCCCAUUUGGGUAAUUGAGGGUGAAGAGCAGUAAGUGUUUCUGUCAUUCUUAGGAUAACUGCUCCAUGCAUGAAUGGUUCUUGAGCCUUGUACCCAUGGCAUGAUGAGAAUAGGUGACGUAUAUUUUGUGUAUUGUCUGUGAGUGCUAGUUUAGCUUCUGAUGUUUGUAGCUCAGCAGUGGCUUUGUAUUUCACAGUGGAAAGAACCUGUCGUUUCAACCCACGUUCAUAGUUCACCAUAACAGUGGCCAAAAUACUAAAACUCCAUAGUUAGUGAUGUAGAAACUUAGGUCUCUAGUACUGAGUCAUUUUUCUGGGAGUCCUCUACAGGGGGUCCUCUCUCCUGCCUCCCCUGUACUUUCUCACUGUUAGACUUAGGCAGAGAUACCUGCCUGCUAUUUUCCCUAGCCCUACACACCUCCAGGGUCCUAGGUUUGGGGUGGUUUUUGGUUUUAUUUAAGUAAUUACUUAAAAUAGGAAGGGGAAAUGGGAGGGGAAAAAACCCAGUGUAUUACCUUACCUGCAUUUUUUGCAUCUUUCUCUAGUGGUGGUUUCAGUUGGAUUCAUUUCCUUCCUGUUUAAAGUGCCAUCUGUAACAAGAAAAUUGUUGUGGCUGUUAAUCCGUGAUCUGUCAUGAGAAUGAUUCUUUUCCAUUGAGUUUCUUCAGGUCUUCCUUGCCUUUCCACCCUGCUCUUUCCUUUCUCCUGUUCUCCCCAUUUCAGUAUUUGAUAUUUGGCAGCUCAGCCUCAAUUUCCUCUUUCCACCCUCCUUCGUUUUCUCUUAGGCUUCCCCUUGAGUUCUGUGUGCCUCACAAUUAAAGUACUGGCAGCCUGAAAAGUUACCACUCUGCAUGAAUAAUUGAGCCCCUUUGCUCUGUUCUCAUUGGCCCUGGGGGCCAUUAGGGAGGCCUCCAGCACUUAGGGAUGAAGCCUAGGCAGAGGAAGCAAUCACUCUAGUGCCCUCAUUGUAUUGUGCAUUUCAUGCCCAUAACCAUAAAUCUUAGUGUGGAACUACUUGCCUCCCAAAGUAUCCAGUCCCUAGGGCCCAGGCAGGUUAAUGUAACACACGUCCCUGCACCCCACAACUCUGAGAGCAUUUCAAGGGAACAGAAAAGGUUGGCAGGUAGUCUGUGCUCCUGGAUCGGAAGGACCUGUUACUGCAGCCCAAACUGGGGUGGGAAGCUUCUCUCAUCUCUGUCUUACUCUGGCUGGUUUGUACAGAGGGGGGAAUGCUCUUUCUUACCUGCCUCCUGGGUCAGGCUCUCCCUCAAAAGCUUUCUCUGCCCCAAAAGUAUUUUGGGGGAGUCUGCAAGUAGCUAGCUGCACUGUCCUCAGUUAUCUGUCUGGUGGUUUAGCAUUACAGGGGAAGGGGAAGAAAGGAUCUGGUUCAACAGGAAAGCGACUGGAGUCGUCAUUCUGACACAGAUGAAAUUACAGAAUAGCCUGGGCCUUCUGAUAACUCCCUUAUCCACAUAUUUCCUUUGGAGACUGAAGCUGGCAAAGCAGGAUUUCCCACAGGCAGAAAGAGCCCUCCUCAUUUGUGAAUAUUCACCAUGUGGAGCCAGGCUCAACUGCCAGCACUGACUGUUAGGGCAGUUUUAUUUGAAUUGUGAAGGGGCUCUAUCCUCCCUCCAAGAGAUUGAACCUUUUCAGUGAGCCCAUUUCCACUCUGGAUCUGGGUCAGGCUUUUCCUUGAGGGCUUCCUCUAUGUUGCCUCAGGUCUCCUGACUCUGACCACAUAUCCCUCUUGUUUGGCCCUAUCAGAAAUUUUACUGGGGAAUAGAGAUUCUUAACUUUUUUUAUGUUGUAGACUCCAUUGGGAUUGCAAAGAAGCCUAUGGAUCCCUUCUCAGAAUCAUGUUUUUAAAUGCACAAAAUAAAAUACACAAGAUUAAAGGAAA